GGCUUAUCCUGGAACAUCCCACAGAUGCUCAAUAAGAUUUAUCAUAUUCUGGGAGUUUAUUUUUCCAGUCUAUACUGCAGGAAUACGUACUACAACAUGUGAAUCAGUCAUUAAACAAUGAUAACCACUAGAGAGUAGAUUUACUGUUUUUUUCAGUUUAACUUCAGAGAACCAGCAGAUAUUCAGGACUAAUGACAACACAGAACCUUAACCUCACUGUUUUAAACAUAUUUAGGUUUUCUAAACAUUACAUUAAUGUAAACCAGCAUCUCCACUGACAGUUUUAUUGAGUAAAUGUACUACAUUACAGUAACGCAACUCACUUCAACUGUUUACAUGAAACUCAACAAAAACAUCGUUAGCUUAAUGCUACUAUGGCAAGACUGUCCAAGUGUCCAACAACGCCACCUAGGGGAAUCUCACCCCCAGGCAAUCUAUUAGAGGGGAUCACCGCUCUAACACCCACAAAAAGGUCACACAAGUAAGAACAACACCAGAGACUGACGUGAUUCCAGAAUACUGUAUACAAAAUAAAGUUUGACAACUCUUAAAAUUUCCAAUUUUUCAAUGAAGAUCUCUUGGUGGCAAUGCCAAUAAAUCAUCAGUAAGCGGCACAAUAUUGCACAAUCCUCCAGGGCCCCUUCAAAGCUUAAUUGAGUUGCUUCCAAAAUACAGACACUAGACACAGUGCUGUGGGUUUACCAGGCAGAGAUGACUAACUGAAGGGAGAGGGAAAGGUCCUGAUGCGACAUAACACAUGUGAAGAAACAAAACACACCACUGACAGACACCCAAGUGCACUACUGUACAGGGAGUGAAGGGAUCACGGGGAUCAGUCUGCCACACGGGCCCAACAGCUCCUAGAGAGAAGAAGCAAACUAUUAAUCACAGCAAAGGGGCAAAAAUACAUAGAUUUAUUUUUAAUCGUGGCAUAUUUUACGCUUUGUUGUGCAUUUUGUGUUGGUCACUUCACAGAACGGAAUUUUCCUUUGGGGAUCAAAGUAUUUUUCUAUUCCAACUUUUCUGUUCUGAUCUUAUUGUAUCUUAUUAAUUGUUAUAUUUAAUAAUGCAUCUUAUUUAAACAUUAUUGCUGUUGUACUAGGCACUGCAUUUAUUCUCAUGUUGUUAUUUCCGGAGCAAUAUAUGAUACAAGAAGUGAUAAAGUUCAGUCUUAUUGUGUCUUGAGUGUAAGAACACAAAGUUUCAAGAGCCUGCAUUUUAUUUCUCGACUUGGAAAAUUAUCUUUUCAUCUGACAAACGUAUGAUGUAUGAAGUUAAUUUAAACUGGAAAAGAAAAGUUAAUUCUCUCCUGCAGUUGACCUCUGGACAUGUUUGUUUCCUCCAUAAAGUGCUGUGGUGCUCCAGCGAAAGGGGUGGGACUCCUCUGCCGCUCACUUCCCAGUAGAGCUCUCCUCCUCGGAUAAAACUUCACUUGACGCCUCGCUGUCGGAGUUGCCGGUCGACACGAAGCUCCGCAAAAAUGACGCUCGCAAUGACAUUGUUGACGGCGGUGAUGAAUAUUUUGUGUCUGCCGCUGCAUUUAAUGUACGCCGUGGGCGGGUAUCGCAUCUACGAACGCAUUUUCCCCAUGUGUCUAAGUGGCUUCUCGAUCGCCUACAACGAGAAGAUGCAUGAGCAGAAGAAGGAGCUGUUCCGCAGUCUGACCCAGUUCGCCAAGCCCGGCGGCCGCCUCACGGUGCUGGAGAUCGGCUGCGGCUCCGGGACCAAUUUCCAGUACUACCCGGCCGGAUGCAAAGUGAUCUGCACCGACCCCAACCCGCACUUCGAGAAGUAUCUGAGCAAGAGCAUGGCCGACAACGACCACCUGUCAUAUGAGCGGUUCGUGGUGGCCACCGGGGAGGACCUGGGCGCAGUCGGGUACGAGUCGGUGGACGCGGUGGUCUGCACGCUGGUGCUCUGCUCCGUUAACGACAUCCAGCAGACCCUGAGGGAGGCGCUCCGGAUCCUGCGGCCUGGUGGAGCCUUCUUCUUCAUGGAGCACGUGGUUGCAGAGCCAUCCACUUGGUCCUACUUCUUCCAGCACGUCCUGCAGCCCCUCUGGUACUACUGCGGCGGAUGCAAGGCCACCCGGGAAACAUGGAAGCACCUGGAGAGAGCCGGAUUCUCUGAUCUCAAACUAAGACACAUCCAAGCACCACUCCCCUUCGUGAUCAAACCACACAUUGUGGGCUAUGCUGUCAAAUAGUUGGUGUCUGAUGAGCUCUUAUAGCGCGCCCUCCCUCGCAAACCAGUGUGUUAAUAUGCCAAGAACUGAACCCCUCAGUGUGAUAUGAUCACCAAUGAUAGAGAUAACAUCAGUCACUUUAAUACUAAUUUUAUUUUUGUAUUGAAAAUAAAACGUUGUGUUGUUUUGUAAAGAAAAAGCAACAAAAAAAAAGAAAACCCUCACACAGCACACAAAACUAAUUUUAUAUGCAGUUUAUGGUAAAUGGUCAGUGUAUUUAUUUAGCACUUUACUAUAGGGCAUGAAUGUCAGGACUGAUGGUUUCCCAGCAGAACAUUGCAUUAUAACAAGAUGGUUGGUGCUAUUCACUUCACCUGUCAGUGGUGUAAGGAUUUUUUUUUCUACUCACUUUCAUAUUGAUUGAUUAAGCUUAAUAAUUAAUAACAAUGUUGCAAUCAUGCCCAUGAUUGAGUUGUAGUGAUCUGUUGAGAAAUGAUUUAAGCAUUGAUCCCAUGGUGCAACAGAUCAAUAUAAUGGACAGAGCAGCCAAAUCACUCUGACAGGUUUUGCAAAGCACAAUUACAUCACACAUUUGCAUGUUCAACACAUGCAGUGUAACAAACACGGGGACAGCUGGAGACAGUCAUUGAAUGACUUACAGGGUGAGAACACCCUGCAACCAGUGGCGGAUCCCCCCCUAGUGGGGGCAAAGUUUAAGAGCAUUCCUUGGAUGUAGACGGCGUCAAAACGGAAACAAGAAGUAUGCUGUCUCACUGUGCUGCAUACAAUUGCAUACUACGUUGUUCGUUGGAGAUAAAGAAACUUAAAGUAA